CUUAGUCCUCACCCUUUCCCUUUCAUUUCGUCUCUAGCCUCUACUCUCAUCUACUUCCCAACUCCAUUCUGCUUUGUUUAUUUCCCCCAAAUCUCAUUAUCACUCACAACCCACCGUCAUUUUCCUGAAAAAGAACCCAUUUUCAAGCACUUCAUGUGAGUUACUACUUGAAAAAGAUUGCAACUUUGCAAACCAAGUUGUAGUCUUUAAGAUUAUCACAAUCCAUUAAAGAGAUCUACUUUCACUUAUUACUACCCUUUUUUUGGGUUUUUUUUUUGGUGGAAAUAACCAAUAUUAAAGACCCCACUUUGGUUCUGAUUCAGGUGAAUAUAAUGUCUCUUUGCCUUCCUUUCCCUUUUCUCAUUUUCAUUGCUAUCUUUGAUUCACUAUUUUCAUUGAUUUUGCACCAAUGUUGUCUUCAUGAGGGAGGGCCAUGCUGAAGAAUAUUUGCUGGGUUUUUCUUGCUGAGCUGUUAUCUGAUAAGUUUUGGACCAUUUAUGCUUAAUUUAAUUACUUUUGUUUGAAUGGUUUUUCCUUAUUUGUUCAUAGAUUUGAUGGUUGAUUGAUAAUGGGACCUUUUGUUUUGGGUUAUAAUUUGAUUAUAUUGGGUUUUCGAAGUUGAUUUAGAUUGUGGUUUUUGGGAAUAAUUGGAUUGGAUGAUUGAAAUUGGAAGAAGGGUUAAAGAAUAAAGUUUGGGUUUGUUUGGGAUUUGCAGGAUAAUGAGAGGGUUUUGGGUUUGUUUGGGAUUUGAAGGACAAUGAGAGGGUUUUGGGUUUGUUUUGGAUUUGAAGAAUAUGUGGUGCUUUCUGAAUUUCAUUCUUAAUUUAGAAAUUUUUCGGCAUCUAGGGUUUUCGAUGUUCUGAUCAUGACUAGAGCGGUUCGUAAUAGGAUUCUUAAGGAUGCCAAUGGAGAUAUUAGUGAUCAUUUGCGCAACCACAUACACUUGACAAAUUGUAUUCAUUUGAAAAACCACAUGCAUAAGCAUAGUCCUAUAUUAAAUGAUAGGUCCCUUAUGAGGGACCUUAUUGUGCUUCAAAGGUCUCGUUCUUUGCGGGAUCCUUCUGCUAGUCCCCCACCGUGGCAGUUUCCUGUCAUUGCUGAUCUGCUUUCCAAAGAUGGAGAAAGGCUUGAGAAUGGCAGACGAUCGGUAGGUGAGCAUUCAAGGGAUGGUGGACGGUUAUCUCGUUGUUCACCACCUCUUGAAGUUGUUGAGGUUAGGGGUACUAAAAACCAAGCUGCAGUAGGUAGUGAGUACAGUAGCAAGAGCGUAGCACAGGAUGUCAGGAGGGAUAGGGAGAGAGAAUCUUGCCGAAAGAGUGACAUGUCUGGUGGUGUCCAAGGGGGUUUGCCGUACGAGAGCGGAAAAGAAGUGUCCCAAGGGGUUUCGGGUAAUUCUGACAGAAGAAGCCGAAAGAGUACUGCAACGGGGAAAUUCAGUCAAGAGGGUAACCCUUUAACUUUGUCUGAACAGUUGCGGGAAGUUACAAUGGAUAGUGAUGAUGUUGUGUCUUCUAAUAAACAUGUGAACGCGAGGCUCUCAAAAUCUGAAAAGGUCAUGGAUGAGGCAGAACCUAGUGUUCGUGGUCCUUGUAGUGGUUUAAAUAGGGUGAAAAGGCGCAAAUUUCGGCGGUUGAAAAGAGCUCCUGGUGCUAUUGCUCCUAGAGAUACGAAGCCUCAAAAUGAUGUUUCUGUGGCUUCAAAUUCAUCAGUUAAGGGUGUGGUACAACAAAGGUAUCCGAUGGAAGAGGGAGAAGACGAAAUUGGUCAGCAUGAUGUUUCGAAGGCUCCAAGAAAUGGAUGUGGGAUACCUUUUAAUUGGUCGAGGAUUCAUGAUAGAGGUAAAUCGUUUCUUGAUAUGGCUGGUCGAAGUUUGUCGUGUGGUUUGACCGACCCAAGGUUGAAAAGAAGCGGUCAAAUGCCGCAAGGAAGAGACGCUUCUAAUUUUCAUGUGGCAUCAGAUCAGUCAAGCUCGUAUGCCAAGUCUGAAGCGGAGGCGUUGCCGUUACUGGUUGAUGGAUCUGGAUCACAGAGCUCAGAUAAUGCUGCUUGGGCCCAUGAUUACUCUGGGGAGCUAGGCAUAUUUGCGGACAGUCUUUUGAAGAAUGAUAUUGAAUCGGUUCUUGCUUCCGAAGCUAGGUCGGAUGACCAACGGAAGUUAAGAGGUGGACGUCGUGCUAGACACCAGAACUUAACGCAGAAAUACAUGCCAAAGACAUUCAGAGAUUUGGUUGGCCAAAACUUGGUCGCGCAAGCUCUUUCGAAUGCCAUUGUCCGAAGGAAGGUGGGUUUGUUAUAUGUCUUUUACGGGCCUCAUGGAACAGGGAAAACAUCCUCCGCACGCAUAUUUGCUAGAGCUUUGAAUUGUCAGUCACCGGAACACCCAAAACCCUGCGGCUAUUGUGGUUCUUGCAUUGCACAUGAUAUGGGUAAAAAUCGGACUAUUAAAGAAGUUGGUCCGGUGAGUAACUUUGACUUCGAGAGCAUUAUGGAUAUACUCGAGAGUAUGAUGUUGUCUCAGCAGGCAUCUCAGUAUAGAGUAUUUAUCUUUGAUGAUUGUGAUACGCUUUCCCACGAAUGUUGGAGUGCAAUAUCCAAAGUCAUUGAUCGAGCACCUAGGCGUGUCGUUUUUAUCCUCAUAUGUUCAAGUCUGGAUGUUUUACCUCAUAUAAUAAUAUCCCGGUGCCAGAAAUUCUUCUUUCCCAAAUUGAAAGAUGCAGAUAUCAUAUAUGCUCUUCAAUGGAUUGCAACUAAAGAAGGUCUAGACAUUGAUAGGGACGCGCUGAAGCUUAUUGCAUCAAGGUCAGAUGGUUCUUUGAGAGACGGCGAGAUGACGCUUGAGCAAUUAAGUUUAUUGGGGCAGCGAAUCUCGGUCACACUGGUCCAGGAACUGGUUGGUUUGAUAUCGGAUGAGAAGCUUGUAGAUCUACUUGACUUUGCUUUGUCGGCAGACACCGUUAAUACAGUCAAAAGUCUGAGGGAAAUCAUGGAAAGCGGUGUUGAGCCAUUGGCUUUGAUGUCUCAACUUGCUACUGUUAUAACUGAUGUACUAGCUGGUACAUACAACUUCACUAAAGAAAGGCAUAGAAGGAAAUUCUUUCGACGACGACCAUUAUCGAAAGAGGAUAUGGAGAAACUUCGCCAAGCAUUAAAAACUCUGUCCGAAGCCGAGAAGCAGCUAAGAAUGUCUAAUGAUAAACUGACUUGGCUGACGGCUGCUUUGCUUCAACUUGCUCCUGAUCAGCAGUAUAUGUUGCCGAGUUCCUCUGCUGAAGAUACUAGCUUUCAUCACAGUCCAUUGCCUCUGAAUGAUUCGAGGGCCGUGAUUAAGAAAGGUGGAAUGGGUUGUGUCAUGAUAUCUAACAAUGGGAGUCGUUUGUCUACAGACGGGGUGGAAAAGCACUAUAAAGAUAGUCCUAGCAGUAUUCGAGAUGGUAGCAAGUUAUCGGGCAGCAGAAGUCAAGGUGCGAGAAUUGCUUCUCGGGAUCCUUCUGCAUAUGAUGAUGUUAUGGUCAAUGAUAAGCGAGGUAAAGGUCGUACGGAAAUUGAGGACAUCUGGUUGGAGGUGCUUGGUAAUAUUAAAAACAGUGGCAUAAAAGAGUUCAUGUAUCGGGAAGGGAAGUUGAUCUCGGUCAGUUAUGGUGCAGCUCCGACAGUGCAAUUGAUGUUCAGUUCAUCUCAUACAAAAUUUAAGGCAGAGAAAUGGAGAGCUUAUAUUCUGCAAGCAUUUGAAUCAGUACUCGGAUCUCCUGUCACCAUUGAAAUCAGAUCCGAGUCGAGAAAAGAGAGAUUCAGAGGUCAAACACCUCUCGUCUUGCCCUUAUCUGAAGAAGGAUAUGGAGGUUCUAGAAAUAUAAUUUCACAACAGAGGGAUAAUUCUGGAACCAGUGAAAUUAUAGAGCUAGAAAAUUUUUCAAGGGAACAAAAGUUUAGUGACCAUGUGGAUAUUCAAUCGGAUAAGAGAAAUUUACGAGGUACUCGGUUUAGCGAAACGGGAACUUCAUCCAAACGGCUAGAGUCGUCUUCCGUACCUGAAAAAGGAAGACUUGGGGAGCAAAAUCAGUGUAGAAGCCUGGUGAGAGGCAAGGUUUCUCUUGCCCAUGUGAUCCAGCAGACGGAAGGAUCUGCCCAACGCAGUGCAUGGACAAAACGGAAGGCGGUAUCUAUUGCUGAAAAACUCGAGCAAGAAAAUUUAAGGUUAGAACCAAGAUCGAGAAGCUUGUUAUGCUGGAAAGCAUCCCGAACAACACGAAGGAAGCUAUCACGUUUGAAAAUCCGCGCACGAAGACCUCAUUCAUUACUCAAGUUUGUAUCAUGCGGAAAGUGUGUUUCAUCAAGGUCGCCAAGGUCGUAAACGUUUAAAUGGAUAUCGAGGCGUCUCUGUGCUUUCGUAAUUUAAUUUUAGCAUAAUUUUUCUCCUUGCAGGGUGUAGUUUAUAAGUUGAAAAUUUAGCACUUAGAUAGGGCUUUAAAUAAAUGGUUUUUAAGAACAUUAGGAAAUGUGUAGGGAUUAGCCAUUAGGAGUAGAAAAACAAUAGUUAAGGUACAUUAUCAUUUAUUGAUUUGAUUAUGCAGCAUUCUAAAUUUAGAAA